AUGGGGUCCUCGUACCGUUCCAAAUCAACUCAUAUGGUUGAUAUCAAGGGUAAGGGAAUCCUCUACGAGGAUGAUGAUGAACCGAUCAAGCUAACUGAUCAUGAUAUCUCUCAAAACAUCGAUGAAUUCAAGCUGUCUCUGAUCGGGAAGAUCUUAAAUCCAAAAACGCAAAGUGUAGAGAAGCUUCAACAGAAAAUGCCAGUUCAAUGGGGCAUGGAGGAUCGCAUCACUGCUAAUGAUUUGGGAAAUGGAAAGUUUCUACUCAACUUUUUCACUGAAGAUGAGCUAAACUCUGUUCUUCGACAGGGUCCCUUUCAUUUCAACUUCUGUAUUUUUGUGUUGGUUCGGUGGGAGCCUAUUGUCCAUGAUGAUUAUCCUUGGAUAAUCCCGUUCUGGACUAGAUUGAUCUGUGAACCUUUGCAUCUAUGGACUGAGAACAAUCUGAAAGAAAUAGGCUCUAGACUAGGGCAUGUUCAUCAGGACACAAUAGAGGUGAUCGAAGGCAGAAUGCUCCUGGAUAUUAACUCUCAUUGUCCACUAAAGUUUGCAAGGAAGGCUGAAUCUCCUGAUGGGGAUGAGGUUACGAUUGAAAUUAAGUAUGAGAUGUUGUUUAAGCAUUGUUCUACAUGUGGCAUGCUUACUCAUGAGAAGGAGUACUGUCCUUCAUUUCAUCGUCAAGGCGUCUUUGCGCGAGUACAGUUACAAGAGAACCGGCCACAGCAGCACUUGCAGGCGCUGGUAAAGAAGGAAUAUCGGUCUACUGAUACGCAUCCACAAGCGCUGGUUGCUUCACAUCACAAGCUCUCUCGCUAUGACAGUGCGAGGUAUGACAAUGGUGGGAGAAGCUACGACAUGGAGCAUUCUCGCGAGGCUUAUAAGGGCCAUGGUGAUAGGAUUAUUCGCCGUCGGGAUGAACCGUCCCGGAGGAUGCGAUAUGGUGGAGCGCGAUCUGGAACAAAGCCUUAUGAUCGGUACAACGGAGUAACCUGGCGCGAGAAGAAGCAGCAGCCUCAGCCUCAGUCUCAACCUCGACACGAUAACGAAGUGGUACAGGAUUGA